AUGUCUUUCUUUACUUUCCUGCUAUCUUUGUUUCUUUCUUUACUGUCCUUUGUUUUUUGCUUGUUAACUGUUCUUACUUUCUUUACUAUUCUUUCUUUUUUACUGAUCUUUCUUUCUUUCUUUCUUUUUUGUCCCUUCUUUCUUUCUUUCUUUCUUUCUUUCUUGUCCCUUCUUACUUUCUUUACUGUUCUUUCUUUACUGUUUUUUCUUUACUAUUCUUUUUUUUUACUGUUCUUUCUUUCUUUCUUGUCCCUUCUUACUUUCUUUACUGUUCUUUCUUUACUGUUUUUUCUUUACUGUUCUUUCUUUCUUUCUUUCUUUCUUUCUCUCUUGUCCCUUCUUACUUUCUUUACUGUUCUUUCUUUACUGUUUUUUCUUUACUGUUCUUUCUUUCUUUCUUUCUUUCUUUCUUUCUUUCUCUCUUGUCCCUUCUUACUUUCUUUGCUGUUCUUUCUUUACUGUUUUUUCUUUACUGUUCUUUCUUUUCUUUCUUUCUUUCUUUCUCUUGUCCCUUCUUACUUUCUUUUGCUGUUCUUUCUUUACUGUUUUUUUCUUUUACUGUUCUUUCUUUCUUUCUUUCUUUUUUUUCUUUCUCUCUUGUCCCUUCUUACUUUCUUUGCUGUUCUUUCUUUACUGUUUUUUCUUUACUGUUCUUUCUUUCUUUCUUUCUUUCUUUCUUUCUUUCUUUCUCCCUUGUCCCUUCUUACUUUCUUUGCUGUUCUUUCUUUACUGUUUUUUCUUUACUGUUCUUUCUUUCUUUCUUUCUUUCUUUCUCUCUUGUCCCUUCUUACUUUCUUUGCUGUUCUUUCUUUACUGUUUUUUCUUUACUGUUCUUUCUUUACUGUUUUUUCUUUACUAUUCUUUUUUUUUACUGUUCUUUCUUUCUUUAAUGUUCUUUCUUGUUCCUUCUUUCAUUCAUUACUGUUCUUUUUUUACUGUUCUUUCUUUCUCUCCCUCUUUCUUUCACUUCCUUUCUCUUUUUCCCUCUUUAUUUACAUGUGUCUGCUUGAUUUUUAUUCAUAUCUAUCUAUUUAUCUAUCUCAGUCUUUUCGUAUCUAUCUAUUUAUCAAGAUACAGUAA